GCUCGAAAAUGGCGAUAUGUACCCCAUAACCAGAACUUUAAUUUUGUCAAUUUUUCAAUGAAUUACCGUAGUGACACCUAGAUAGACUUCCGGUUUGGACAAGUUUGAACAAAAAUAUUUUUCUGCUUAUAAAACAUCGUUUAAAACUCUUUUCAGGCAUUCGUUCUGAGAUUCUACAUCAACUAUGUGCGGAAGAACAGUAUGUAUGCUUGCGCCUGAAGAUGUUUGCAGAGCUUGCACUCAUAGAAACAAACAAGGCAAGAAAACCAAACCACAAUGGCGGGAUGCACCUGGGGGUCAGCAGUACAAUACAUCAUAUAAUAUGUCUCCUGGAUCUCACACGCCUGUUUUGAUUUCUAGUCAACACUUUGAUUCAGUCUACGAAGGGGAGAAAUGUGAAAGUGAACGACUUAUCCAACCAAUGCACUGGGGUUUAAUACCUCCUUGGUCUAGUGACCCCAAAUCUGCAGGUUACAGUAUGAGCAACUGCAGAUCUGAGAGUAUGUUGGAAAAAAGAAGCUUCAAGAUCCCGCUCCAAAAGGGACAGCGCUGUGUUGUUUUAGCCAAUGGUUACUUUGAAUGGCAAACUGACAAAAUAUCUGGCAAGAAACAACCAUUUUACAUUUACACUCUGAGAACAGGAGACCAAAAUAAAGAAAAAAACAACAAGGACAUUGAUACCACGAAAAAAGCUAAAGAAGAUAGUAUGGAAGGAGAAAAGUUACUGUGCAUGGCUGGCGUAUUUGAGAAAUGGACUCCAAAAGGGGGUGGUGAACCACUGUUCAGCUACUCUGUGAUUACAGUAGAAUCUUCACCAUCAAUGCAGAAAAUUCACCAUAGAAUGCCAGCCAUACUUGCUACAGACGAAGAGGUGCAAGAUUGGCUUGAUACUGGGGAUGUACCCUUAUCAAAGGCAGUUAAACUGUGUAGAGCUACAGAGACACUACAGUUCCAUCCAGUUUCCUCGAUGGUUAACAACUCAAGAAACAAUGACCCUGAAUGCAUCAAACCAUUUGAUUUAAAGAAACAACAAGCGAAAGAUAAUGCAUCAAAGAACUUCAUGAUGGGAUGGCUAAACAAGAAGAAAAAAGCAACUGACGGAGAAAUUGAAUCAAACCAACCAGAUUCAAAGAAACGUAAAAUUGAACAAACUGACAUUAAUGAGAAUACUUAG